AUUUACACUACUGUAAUAGAGCUGGCAAUCUCUCUGAUCUUUCAACAGUUCAAACUCCAUCUUCGAUCCUUCAAUUUUUCUUCAGAUAUUAAAAACCCUAGUUCUUAUUUUCCUUUCUCUGGAUCUGUUUUUUCGAGGAGCAAUUUUGUGUUCUGUUCGCUUCGCUGCAUUUUUUUUUUAAUCGAGGAAGAAGAAGAAAACGAGAAGUAAGAGAUGGCGCGGCAAAUGACGUCAUCUCAGUUCCACAAAUCAAAGACUCUCGACAACAAAUAUAUGCUGGGAGACGAAAUUGGUAAAGGAGCUUAUGGUCGAGUUUAUAAAGGGUUAGACUUGGAGAACGGAGACUUUGUGGCCAUUAAACAAGUCUCUUUGGAAAAUAUUGUUCAAGAGGAUCUUAACACCAUUAUGCAAGAAAUUGACUUAUUGAAGAACUUGAACCAUAAAAACAUAGUGAAGUAUCUUGGUUCUUCCAAGACAAAGACUCACCUUCACAUUAUUUUGGAGUACGUUGAGAAUGGCUCUCUUGCAAACAUUAUCAAACCAAAUAAAUUCGGACCUUUCCCGGAAUCGUUGGUGGCUGUUUACAUUGCUCAGGUCUUGGAAGGUUUAGUAUAUCUACACGAGCAGGGUGUCAUACACCGUGAUAUCAAAGGUGCAAAUAUUUUGACGACAAAGGAGGGUCUUGUUAAGCUUGCUGACUUUGGAGUUGCCACUAAACUUAACGAGGCUGAUGUCAACACUCACUCAGUGGUUGGAACUCCUUACUGGAUGGCUCCUGAGGUUAUUGAAAUGUCAGGAGUUUGUGCUGCUUCAGACAUUUGGAGCGUUGGAUGCACUGUUAUCGAACUUCUGACAUGUGUACCUCCUUACUAUGAUCUGCAACCCAUGCCAGCCCUCUUUCGUAUUGUUCAGGAUGAUAACCCUCCUAUCCCGGAUAGUCUUUCUCCAGAUAUUACAGACUUUCUACGACAGUGCUUCAAGAAGGAUUCCAGGCAGAGGCCUGAUGCAAAGACACUGCUCUCUCACCCUUGGAUACGAAAUUCUAGACGAGCAUUGCAGUCAUCACUUCGGCAUAGUGGCACCAUCAAAUAUAUGAAGGACCCCGCUGCAAGUACGGAGAAGGAUGAUGAAGGUAGCCAAGAUGUAGCUGAAAGCCUUUCAGCAGAAAAGGUGGGGAUGUCAGAAACUGACUCAAAAAGCAAAUUACCUCUGGUAGGGGUGGCGAGUUUUAGGUCCGAGAAAGAUCAGCCUACACCUAGUGAUCUAGGUGAAGAUGGAACGAAUAAUUCAGACGAUGAUGUUAUGUCAGAUAAAGUUCCUACACCUUCGGUCAAUGAGAAAUCUUCUCUUCAGUCUGGUGCUUUAAGUAUUCCUUCGGAUGCUAAGGGGACAUCUCAAGAUGUACAUGGGAAAUCUGAACAUGAUGAAACAGCUGGAAAUCUUGAAACAGAAGCUUCUGAAGCCAGAAAAAACAAGCAGGUUGGAAAAGAAUGUUCCAUCCAAGUGGACCAGACAUCACAUAGUUCUGGCUUAAAAGGCGAAGAUCGUGGGAUUCGAAAGGCUGUGAAGACUCCAUCUAGUCUUGGUGGGAAUGAACUGGCUCGAUUUAGUGAUCCACCAGGGGAUGCUUCUUUGCAUGAUUUGUUUCAUCCAUUGGAUAAAGUUCCUGAGGGAAAACCAAAUGAAGCCUCAACAUCGAUGCCUACAUCAAAUAUCAACCAAGGUGAUUCUCCUGUCGCAGAUGGUGGAAAGAAUGAUCUGGCAACAAAAUUGAGGGCUACAAUUGCUCAGAAGCAAAUGGAGGGGGAAACGGGCCAUUCAAAUGAUGGUGGUGAUCUAUUUCGCUUAAUGAUGGGUGUUUUGAAAGAUGAUGUUAUUGACAUUGAUGGCUUGGUAUUUGAUGAAAAAGUGCCCGCGGAGAACCUUUUUCCUCUGCAGGCAGUCGAGUUCACCAGAUUGGUCAGCUCCUUAAGGCCUGACGAGUCAGAAGAUGCAAUAGUAUCUUCUUGUCAGAAACUUGUUACCAUGUUUCGUCAGAGACCUGAGCAGAAAGCAGUAUUAGUGACUCAGCAUGGUUUCCUGCCUCUAAUGGAUCUACUCGAUGUUCCUAAAUCUCGAGUAAUAUGUGCCGUGCUGCAGCUGAUAAACGAAAUUAUAAAAGAUAACACUGACUUCCAGGAAAAUGCUUGUCUUGUUGGACUUAUUCCUGUUGUAAUGAGUUUUGCUGGUCCUGAGAGGGAUCGUUCUCGAGAAAUUCGUAAGGAAGCAGCUUACUUCUUGCAGCAGCUUUGUCAGUCAAGCUCCUUAACGUUGCAAAUGUUCAUAGCUUGCCGUGGAAUACCCGUUUUGGUGGGAUUUCUUGAAGCAGAUUAUGCCAAAUACAGGGAGAUGGUUCACUUGGCUAUUGACGGGAUGUGGCAGAUAUUCAAACUCAAAAGAUCCACCCCAAGAAAUGAUUUCUGCCGUAUAGCUGCAAAGAAUGGAAUUCUUCUGAGGCUAAUCAACACUCUUUAUAGCUUGAAUGAGGCAACUCGGCUGGCUUCUAUAUCAGGGGGCCCACUGAUUGUGGAUGGUCAAGCUCCACGAGUGCGCUCUGGCCAACUUGACCCUAACAAUCCUAUUUUUACUCAGCAUGAGACUUCACUCAGUAUGAUUGAUCAGCCUGAUGUAUUGAUAAUCACGAAAUCAUAUCGGAUCAAUACGACAUUAGCUGUAAAUGGAUUAACUCCGUUACUCAUCUCAAGGCUAGACCACCAAGAUGCAAUUGCUCGACUUAACCUCCUAAAGCUCAUCAAGGCUGUAUACGAGCAUCAUCCACGGCCAAAACAGCUGAUCGUAGAGAACGACCUGCCUCAAAAACUGAAGAAUCUGAUAGAAGAACGACGUGAUGGACAACGUUCAGGAGGCCAAGUUCUGGUGAAGCAAAUGGCAACGUCUCUCCUAAAAGCACUUCACAUUAACACGGUAUUGUGAGUCCAACCAAAUGCCAAACUUAUAUACCUUGCGGACUGUACAAAAUUUACUCCCAUUUUUUCCAAGAAGAAAGUGCAUAUCUCUUCUUCUCGUCUCUUCCAUACUUACAAAAAUUUCACCAGAAACUGCUGGCUCUUAAAACAUGCAAGAUUUGUAAUAGUUUUAGUAGUGUGGCCCUCUAGUGUGUGUGUUUUAGUCCCUCGAGAGAUUGCCAACACUUGUGGUUUUGUAAUAUGUUUUCCACCUUAAAAGUUUUCUAUAGAAGUUAACGUGAUAAUUGAUAUUCA